GUGCUAAUGCACGCACUGUGUGUAAACAACGUAAAUAAAACUUGACAUGAAGCAGACACGGUGCAGUUUGCUCAUCCACGCCCUAGAGGGCGCUGUUGGGGUUUGAACCCAUGCAGCUCGCGACGCGGCGUGCACAUCCACACGCUAGGUGUCGCUGUUGCUUUAAAUCCCUUCCAGGCAGUGACGCGUCUUCGUCGCCCACGCACUAGAGGCCGCUACCGGUUUAAACCAUCGCAAGUUUGCGCCCAACUCUGUUGUCGAAGCGGAAGCUUCACUCUGCGGCCGAGCGACGGGGAUUCGCCGCGAUGCCGCUUCGUCGUGUAGUAACGUCUCGCAGUGAGUGAGCGGGGUGCGAUCGGCGUCUGCUGAGCGCCCGUCGUCGGUAGCAGAGAGCCUCCCGCGCGCUGUGAUGCUCCGCUGUGCCGCAGGCGGCGCGCGCCGAGCUGCUGCGCGGCUCGCGAGUUAACGCGGUGCGCCUCGCGCGUGUGGCUGCCGCUAACCCUCCGAGUCCGCGCCCGCGCGCUGCUAGCCAGGUCGCCGUCUGUGUCUGUGUCAGCGGCGUGUCCGUCCGCGCGCCCGCCCGCCCGCGGGGAUUCUGUGCGGAGACUGUGUGGUGUGGCCUCGGGCUCAGACGCCCUGAGGUCCAUCCGGGAACCUGUGGCUGCAGCUCGAAAGUAUUUAAGGCGUGUUUCGGUUGACUGAGCGCAGUUGUUCGGAGGGGAGCAGCGGCCCGGUCGGCGGCACCGGCACCACCACCAUGGCCGCGGACCUGCAGGCCAAGUACGGGAAGUUGGCGGCAGAGUACUCCAAGCUCCGGGCUCAGAACCAGGUGUUGAAGAAGGCUGUGGUAGACGAGCAAGCCAACUCAGCUUCUGUGAAGGAGCAGCUGAAGCAGAGAGAGCAGAGCCUGCGGAAGGUGGAGCAGGAGAUGGACAGCCUCACAUUCCGCAACCAACAGCUGGCCAAGCGCGUGGAGCUGCUGCAGGAGGAACUGGCUGCCAGCGAGGCCCAGCGAGGCCGGAAGAGCAAGAGCAAAGGAGACUCUCCCUCUCAGCAAGGUCUUCAGACCCAGAGCGUGUUUGAUGAAGACCUGCAGAAGAAGAUCCAGGAGAAUGAGCGGCUACAUAUCCAGUUCUAUGAGGCAGACGAACAGCACCGGCGUCAAGAAGCCCAGCUACGGGCCCGGUUGGAGGAGCUAGAGCGAGACUCGGAACAGCACCAGGCUGUGGUGGAUGGUCUCACUCAUAAGUACAUGGAGACCAUUGAGAAACUGCAGAGCGACAAAGCCAGGCUUGAGGUGAAGUCACAGGCGUUGGAGAGGGAGGCUAAAGAGUGCCGAAUGCGUACUGAAGAGUGUCAACAGCAGCUGAGGAAGUACCAGAUGGAACUCAACAGGCAGCUGGAGCACAGCAGCAAUGUCAUCCAAGAGAAAGUCCCUUUCAAUGACACCAAACACACUGACUACAACUCUCUGAAUGUUCCUCCUCACAACCGGAGACAUCAGUUAAAGGCCCGCGAUGUGGCAGCUCAGGCGCUUAGUUUUGUCCAAGACCUGGUGGCUGCGCUGCUCAACUUCCACAGCUACACAGAACAGAGGGUCCACAUCUACCCCUUGGACUCCUCCAUCGAGCCAAUUUCUCCACUGAACCAGAGGUUCUCGCAGUACCUUCACGAGAAUGCGGCCUAUGUACGCCCCCUAGAGGAAGGCCUGCUGCAGCUGCACCAGAGCAUUACUGAGGACACAGUCACCACCCUGGAAACCGUAGGGAAGCUGAAGGACUUUUCUAGCAACUUUGCUUCCUACACUCACUAUCUUGAGAAGCUUCUACCGUACCAGCUGAAAAGCCUGGAAGAGGAAUGUGAGGCCCCCCUGUGCACUUCCUCUCUUGACUCCAAGAAUAAGGAGAUACAGUCUGACAUGAGGAGGAUAACAGCCCACUUUAAGAAGCUGCAAAGUUACAUCUGCCUGCUGGCCCUUCCCAGUGUUCGUCCGGACACCCUGCCUCAGACCAGCCUCGCCACUGUCUUCACUCACCUGACGGCCUGUCUGCAUGGCCUGCAUGACGCCGUAAAAGAGAUGUCGAAGCACUACAGCCAGAAGGCCAGUCUGGAGCAAGAGCUGCCCACUGUGACAGAGAAGCUCUGCACCACCAACGAAUGUCUGCUGUCCUCCCUCUGCUCCCUUGCCAACUGCACUGGCAAGAUGGCCACGUUCUUCAGUAACAACUUGGAUUUCUUUGUGUCAUCGGCGGGCUACGGGCCCAGGGGUGGAGCAGGCGCCAUCAACCCGCUGCACGCGGAGUGCAUGCUGGGUAACAAAAAGCAGGCAGCAGCAUACAUGCUCGCCCUCAGAAGGUCAAGGCCGGAAUCUGUGCCGUACAAAGAGGCGCUCUCAAAUCGCCGUGUGCUCACCAGCUCCACAGAGAGUCGGGAGGGGCUCACCCAGCAGGUCCAGCAGAGCCAGGAGAAGAUUGCGCGUCUGGAGCAAGAGAAGGAGCACUGGCUUCUGGAGGCGCAGCUGGGCCGGGUGCGUCUGGAGAAGGAGAGCCUGCGCAUUGCUGACCUGGAGGCUCGUCUAGCUGCGGCCCUUGGCACCAGUCCUGCUGUUCAGCCACCCCCCCAGGAUGGCAGCACGAGCCCUGCCACCCAGGAAGAUGCGGAAUCAGAGGAGAAGGGGGCAGGGAAGGAGCUGGCCCAAUCAUCUAGCCUGAUUGGCAUGUUGACCACAACAUUGAGUGGGGAAGACGUGGGAGAUGAGCAGUCCAGGGAGCAGUUAAUAAAGGCGCACUACAUGGCCAGGGUGGGGGAGCUCACGACCCAGCUGCAGAUGUCCGACAGUAAGGCCGUCCAUUUCUAUGCCGAGUGUCGUGCCCUGGCUAAGCGCUUGGCUCUUGCUGAAAAGUCCCGUGAGACCCUGACAGAGGGUGCAAAGCUGGCCAAUCAGAACAUCUCACGUUUGCAGGAUGAGCUGGCCACCACCAAGAGGAGCUACGAGGACCAGCUUAGCAUGAUGAGUGACCACCUCUGCAGCAUGAAUGAGACUCUGAGCAAGCAACGGGAGGAGAUUGAUACACUUAAACUGGGCAACAAGGGAAACUCGAAAAAGAACAAGGGACGUUAAGUUGGACGCAGAAGACGGCUCCCUUUCCUCACCGGAGUAGGCUGGGGGAGACCAAGUGGACCACGCGAUUGCCCAGUACUGUCCUGACGCUGUUGCCGGAAAGCUGCAGCUCAUGUGGCAUCAGACAGUGUUUAAAGUUUGAAGCUACUGGACGGUGGCAGCGAGGUGGGGAGGGGGCAUGUGUGGUGGCUGAGGCAACUCUGGCAGGAAAGCAAGCUUUUUUAAUACUCUGUCUCCAUGUGCAUAUAUAAACUCUUGUUUGUGAUGUGCUUCUUGUUAUGGGCAGGAAGCAGCUGCUUGGCCCCAGACCAAGGGAAAGAAGAAAGGAGGUGGAAGUGUUUCUCUGAGGGGGGGGAGCAUGUCCCUGGGUACUUGCUAAGGGCCAGAGUGUGAUAACAUGACCUCGCUGAGUACCUGUGGGUGGGAAUCACAGCGGAGGAGGGUAAUGAGGGGUCUUGUCUCCGUUUAAGUUGGUGAGAAAUAACACAAACUCAGUAAUGGGUGACAAUACGUGAGUGGUGUGAUGAUGAAAGGCUGUAAUUACGUGCACGAGUGUGAGAACGUAAUCUGUGUGUGUGUGUGAGGGACCAAAGUGUUGCGCACGACAAGCCCAUGUGAAACAUAUAAUGUGAUUUUUAAAACAAUGAACCUCGGGAUGAGAAGGGACCCCUCCAGGUGUUAGACAGAAAGGGGACCCCCCCCCCCCCCCCUCCAAGCUUGUUCCCUCCAAUGACAGGACAUCCUGUUCGGAGCACCUGGCCCGGAGGCAGACUAGAAAUGCAGGUGGUGUCCAUACCUCCUGAAGCCUUAUUCUGCUGGGAGAAGGAGGGGGAGAGAGAAAAGGAGGGAAUUGGAACAAAUCAUCUACCGUUUCUGUUGUAUGUUUUCUACCAAUUUCAUCCACAGGAAAAUAGCUUAAAAUAGUGCACUAAGGAGUUGCCUCCAAACAGUGGAAUAACAAGGGAUCUAAAGGGUUACUGCAUAUAUAUACACACACACACACACUCCUUUCUAUUCAUGUGAAACACGUUGUAUGUAUCCCUUUUUUCAUAAAAUGUUGGUAUCUUGUUCUUUUCUGUGAAGCAACUUUGGAUCUGUAUGCUCUGUAAUUCGAUGAGUGUCGUCUCACGCGGUCAAAAUGUUCAGUGAAGCAGUCCGAGUCCAUAAAGAAAGGCCACGCUUUGUACUUCAGUGUAAGUAUUGAUGAAGAGCUACUCUAUUGCGGCCGUCGCACAAGUCUGGGGUGUGCCAGAUGAUUUACUGGACUGUUCAUCCAUUCAUUGUUGAGUAUCACUGCAAUUAACCUAGCCUGUACUCUGAGAUGGAUGCAUUAAUGAAAUAUAAUAAACAGACUGGGCCCACUGCUGUUGUGUAUGAUUCCCAUCCUCAUUUUACACAAAGAAUUAGAGGACUUGAGGAGAUGGGGCUUUUCAACUCAAAAAUAUUUUGGGUCCCCCCAUUAAGAAAUGGCUUGUGCUGUUUAGAAACGUUUUGUUUCAGUUGGCAGUUGUAAACCAGAAUCAGAUCAACAUCAUUCUGAUGAACCUGA